GCCGAGGAGCGGGUCUCGCGAAUAGAGUGAGCCGGAGGACGCCCCACCUGCAGGAGGCGAGGCUGUCGCGUGGUACUCGCGCUGUUCGAUUCUCGAUUCUCGAAGGGGCACACAUGCUCGCCUUCGCGUUCCCCUUCGGCUCCGUAAGAUAUCGGGACCUCCUUCACCGUGGUCCUCAAACGAGCCUCGUACUUCGCCAGAUCAACAAGUGAAGAGGAUUUUCAAGAUGCGGAUUUUCUGUGCGCUCUGCGGGUUGUUCCUGGCCGUUGCCAUUGUCAAUUGUAGUCCCAUAGUCAAGAGAGAAGCGGAUAAGACACUGAAGGACCUCGAUCCAUUGAACGAAGUCUACGUUUUCGAGGUCGAUGAUGACACGGACAAAGGCGAGAAUCCCGACAGAGAAAAGAGGAAGAUCGGCCUCACGCUUGGCGUGACAAAUGGCGUCAUCAACUUCGUGUUUGGUAAACUGGAUUCCUUAUUGGACGCGAAAACAAAGGCGCUCGCGGUACUUGACGAUUCCAACCGUGCGAAAAACGCUGCUUUCGGGAUCGACCCCAAGCAUUCUGCCACUUCGCAAUUCAUCAGCAAUUUAGUGUCGCAGAAAAUUCGUGCUGCGACAGGUAGUAUUGGCCCGGUCAUCAACAGUGCGACCACACUGGUUUCAGGAGCGGCGGCCGGUCUGGCAAACUCGUUAGUCUCAAAGGUCGCACCUUUGAGUUCGCUCUCCGGUGGUCUCUCCGGGGGUGCUGGCACUGGAGGCCACGCAGGUGACGGCGGAGCGCCCGCCGGAUCUGCCAUUAUAGGCAAUCUCUUGACCGCGGGUCUCAACACCCUGUCGACCCUGAGUCAAAGCAGCGGCGGUACGAGCGGCGGUACCGGCGGCAGUGCUGGGAGCGGCACUUCCAGCGGAAGCGACACCGGCGCCAACCUCGGUGGUGGAAUUAAUAUCGGAGGUUUCGCCAAUUUAGGAGGGAAUAAGGCCCGUACUGUCACUACCACAGAGGACACGCCCGUGUUCGACAGGUCGAAGGUGUCCUUGGAGAUACCGUCGGCGGCUUUCGGCACCAGCUUCACUCUGCUGACAAACGUUAGCAAAGUUCUCAACAGCGUGAUCAUGAACUCAGCCCGUCGAACGCAGACGGUCCUAGAGGUCUUCAAGCCGUUCUUCCGCGGUACUUUCGCCAUAAAAGGCCUGCCAUCGGACAAUCCGCAUUGAAUAGUGGCUGCCGCUCAGCAGCCCAUAGAGAAGUUGCUCAAUAAUCGUCUCCUCAUCGCGCGAAGGAGACAUCCUGGUUCCACACCAAACAAAAGCAAACUAAUUUAGCUCGUGGAGUCUAUUCCGUAGUCCUUGACCGUAUAGAUGGUUUCUUAGGUCUAAUUUAAGUGAAAUGUGUUUACAUCGCCGCGUUCCUCCACGGUGAUACCCUUGUUAUCACUGUCAUUUAUAGAUUGUUAUUUAUAGCGCCAUAUUCUCGUCUCGUUCCUCAUCCAUCCUUGAACGAUUUGCACGUUCGUUUUCUCUUUUAUCGCCAGACGCUUUCAAACGCGUUUCUAAUAACUAAAGAGAUACGCAUUUUAUGUAGGAAAUAAAUAUUUAUACAUGUGUUUAUAUGUAUAUAUGUAAAUUAAAUGCAGGUGAGAGAUAAUUUUGUAGGAAAAUAAUUUAAUCAAAUUUUAAUUAAAUAACGUUAUAUAACGUGAAAUAAUAACUUGGAAUACUGUAAAAUGAGGACUAGAGAAAGGAAAGAAAGAGAGAGACAGACAGACAGACAGACAAACAGAGAGAGAGAGAGAGAGAGAGAGAGAGAGAGAGAGAGAGAGAUAAAGAGCAACGAAAUAGAAAGAGCGACGAUCAAACUAGUUUAUACGUCAUAAGACUUGAAUCCUGUACUAAUUGAAACAGUAAAUAACUUUUACUUUAGGAGACUUCCCGGCAUAUCGAUUCGCCACGAAAUAUCUAUCUACUCGUUUGUAUAAGCAAAUAACUGUUGCGAAACACAUGCUCCUGAUAUCUCACAAAAAUAUAAAUACUUCGUUUUCCAUUUUAUUUGGUGCCACACAUAUAUAAGAAUUUUAUAGAACAUAAAAAACAUGUUCUGCAAGAACAUGCAAGAAUAGCGCAUGUUGGCUAACGCGAUGGUUUGUCGCACAGAUGACCUAGUUGUAAUUAUUAUAGAAGAUCAGGCGGUCGAGGUACUUUAUCUGACGACAUCAGGAACUCUAUCAUGCAACUUUAUCAUUUAUGCAACGAGGAUAACGGAGUCUCCUCGAGGGCAGAUUCAAGAUUCCGCGACCACUACGCUGCUUCUCACACAUCCGUUGAGCAAUAAAAAGAUAUAAUCCCGUUAAGAUUCCUGGUCCCUCGUCAUGAUCCUCUUGAUUGAUGACGUUGGAAGCAAAGAAAGGCGCAUUCAAAAUUUUUGCGUAAUAUGUUGAAGCAAAAAGAUAUAUCCAUAAAGUAACAUUUGCAAUCAAUUGAUCGGAUAUGUGAGAUAAUUUGAAACCUUUCCAACUUAUGUGAACAGGCUGUGCUAGUGUGCAACUGAAGCGAGAGAAAUAAGAGCCCUUUGCGGAAGUUAAAUUCAAACUGAAGGAGAAUAUUAUAAUGCUCGUGAUGUGUGUGAUAUUUUUAUGUCAAAUGCAUGUAACCGGCCUAUCGUACGCGGCGAACUAAUCUUCCACGUCAAACCAAAAAAAUUAAUUUGGCUCUAUGUAGUAAGUAAAUCGAAGUUUUAUUUUAAUUUAAUC